UACGAGUCCACAAAAAAUGUGAUGUGGCCCAACUUCAAUGGCGUCUUCAGAAUCCACAAGGCGUCGUCUAAUCGAACUGGAUCAAAUCCAAUUCUGCCUAGAAUUCAAGCUUCUCCAUCGAUCUACGUUCGUUAAUUGACACAGAACCAGGUUUUUGGGCUCAAAGGCGGUGCAAAUGCAUUCGGUGUCGGUAUCACUCUCCGUUCCGCCGCCGUUGAUAUUCUCUCCCAAGGCUGUACCUCUACCGAUCGCAGCUGCAAAAUUCCAUUACUGCAACUCCGUAGGAACCAAUAAUCGCGUGUGGAUUCCUCCUCAUCGUCGUCGCCGUGUUGAUAUGUCGGUGGCAGCACCAUCGUCCGUCGGAACUGCUCCAAAAUGGGCGCAGAAGACUGUAACCGUCCCCGCUCUAAGGCGAGGAUGUCAUCUCAUCACAUCCACGAUUACGAAGGAGAUUGGGAAGGACUUGUCAGGAUUCAAGUGUGGCCUUGCUCAUAUUUUCUUGCAACACACGAGUGCAUCUUUAACUAUAAAUGAAAACUACGACUCGGAUGUUCGAGACGAUACAGAGACAUUUUUGAACAAAGUAGUACCGGAGGGAAGGUCUGCGCCAUGGAAACAUACACUAGAAGGUCCAGAUGACAUGCCGGCACACAUUAAGGCGUCUAUGUUUGGUUGCUCCCUCACGAUACCUAUCACAGAUGGAAAAUUAAACAUGGGAACCUGGCAGGGUAUAUGGCUAUGCGAGCACCGUGAUGCUGCAACACCGCGCAGAAUUGUGGUCACCCUUAGUGGGAUUUGACACACACACAUUUGUGUUCCGAUCCUACUUCUCCGCAAGGUAUGUACAACUAUUUCCUUCUUUACUAUGAUAAAUCGAAACAAACCGUGGUGCCAUUGCUAAGAUAAGAUAAAUGGAUCGAAGUUUGAUAUUUGAAGCAGAUGCAUAUUCCUAUGGUGUUAAUGACUAUUGGGCUCGAUAUUUGAAUAAAAUCAAUCGUAGUAAGGGGAGUUACAUAAA